AUGUACGAGAACUACCUGCAGCCCAUUGAGGGCUACGUGUUUGGCACCUGCUUGAUUGUAGAGCUAAUUUUGAUGCCUCUGAUGGCCUACUUGACCGCAUUCCGCUCGCGUCAAAUGAAACGCUACCGCUUCUACAUUCUGAACAACGUUAUUUGGUGCUUCCUUUUUGACAUUGGGCCGUUUGUGCUGCGGCCCACGUUCACAUUCCCCGCUGGCUGUCUGAUUAUGCGGCCGAUUAUUGGGAUCAGCGCGAACGUGGCCAGAGCAUGGGCGUUCAUGCUGCUGGUGGUCUGCAUUAACAUGGAAAUGGGGGUGGUUUGGAGUCUGUUCUAUCGAUACGCACAGGUGAGAGGGGGGUGGUUUGGGAAGAAGAUUUGAGGACCUUGAGGGCAUGAGAUUUGCUUCAAAUUUUGAUGAUAUAUAGUGCGUCUAGUAGGGUUGUUAAUUUGAAAAAAAUUUCAAAAUGGCCUCGAAAUGCGACAAAUUGCCGUCAUUUUUGUCAUUUUGGCCAACAAAGGAAGUACUCCAAGUGCGAUGCUCAGAUUUUUUAGAAAUUUUGCACACACCGUCGGACAUGAUUGAGCCCGAACUCUCCUGCAUUUUGAAAAAAAUUAGGUGUGACAUGUUAUACGAUGAAAAAAAUUUUACACCUAGUUUUCUCAAUUUGAAAAAAUUUUUCAAUUGUAUAACAUGUCACACCUAAUUUUUCUCAAUUUGAAAAAAAAUUUCCAUCGUAUAACAUGUUACACCUAAUUUUUCUCAAUUUGAAAAAAAAUUUCCAUCGUAUAACAUGUCACACCUAAUUUUUCUCAAUUUGAAAAAAAAUUUCCAUCGUAUAACAUGUCACACCUAAUUUUUCUCAAUUUGAAAAAAAAUUUCAUCGUAUAACAUGUCACAUCUAAUUUUUCUCAAUUUCAAAUAAUUUUUCAAUCGUAUAACAUGUCACACCUAAUUUCUCUCAAUGAAAAAAUUUUCCAUCGUAUAACAUGUCACGCCUCAUUUUUUCAAUUUUCAAAAUGAGGGGGUGUUCAAAAACGGGGAGAGUUCAGGAAAGGGGGAGAUUUUCGUCUGCAAUAGUCGGGUUUCUUUUUUUCUCCAUUUGGGUCAAGUCUUCCUCUCCGCAGAAAGACAGAGCUAUAUCGACAAGUCUCAAAACCCUGAGUUUUCCUUCGUUAACCCGUAAAUUCCAGGCCUUCCCGGGCUGGUUCAGCGACUUCUUCGAGCACGGCUAUGCCAUCUACAUUGUGAUUGCGUCGGUUCAUGUGGCCAUGUACAUGAGCUGUUGUUUGCCGUUCGUCGUCUUCUCCGUGCCAGGUAAGGGCAUUGUAAGGCAAAGUAAUCAAAACAGAUAAAGAGCAAAUGAAGGCCGAACUGCUCCUGCAGCUGCCGCAGUUGAAGGAGGAAGAGCCGAACAUCUCCUACAUCUGUGUGCCGAACACGACGCUGACGCGGAGCGUCGCGCUGUUGGGAUUCCUGACGAUGCUCACGUUUUUCACGUUGGGCACUGGGCUCUACAUCAAUUUGUUUGUGAUCAUUCAACUGGAACGGAGGAAGGCGACCGCUAUCGCGAACACGCAGCGAUUGCAGUUGAUGUUGUUCAAGGUAGGAGAAGAGGAGGGGCUACGACUUUUUCGGGACAACACAAAAUUGGUCUAUAUGGGGCGUAGGGCUGGUGGAUACUCAAAAAAAAAGGUUGUAGGAACUGUCUGCGAGGCCUUAAAAAGCUGUCGGAUGGUCGGCGGGAGCUUGGCGAAGGCUCGGCGGAGACUCAGCGAAGACUUGCAAUAUGCCCACUUUUUCUAAUUUUAGCUAUUGCUAACGUUAGUUUUGAUUACCCUGCGUUAUCGUAACAGAUAAAAAAGCAAAGUUUGCGGCAAAAAACAAAGAUCCGUAACUUUUAUCUAGACAUUAUGGUGAACCUAGGACACAAUCAAUCUUAUUAUUUAUACUUACUAACCCUUCUCCUAGUCUCCUCCUAUGUUAGAACAGCUCAGGGUCGAGAAAGCUAGAGUUAGCGAUAGCUAAAGUUAGAUACAGUGGGGGAUCUGAUCCCGUGGCAAAAAACGUAUCAUUUUGUAUCCGGGAGUAUCAAAAAAUGUAACAAAAUGCCUUCCUCUCCAAGUAAAAAAAACUUCCUUCUGAAGGGCGCGCCCUUUCCCUCACAAAAAGAGCGGGCGCGCUUUUUAGAAAUCGGAGUUUUUUCACUUGGAGAGGGAAGGAUUUUGCGACACUUUUGAUACAUCCCGGAUGCAAAAUGAUGCGUUUUUGCCACUGGAACAGGUACCCCACUGUAAAGGGGUCAUAUUGCAAGUCUCCACCGAGCCUUCGCCGAGCGUCCGCCGAGCAUUCAACGGUUUUCAAAGGCCUCGUAGGCACAUCCCACCAUCUUUUUUUCGGCCUUCCGCUUUUCCUGGGCCUCAUAUCUAUCGAUUAAACAAAGUGGAUUGUAACGUCCGCAAGUCCCCGCCGAGCCUUCGCCGAUGGUCCGCCGAGCAUUCAGCGGCUUUCACAGAGCUAAAGGCACCUCUUACCACCUUUCUUAGGACCCCACCUGUCGUGAUUUCUUUGUGUCUAACAUCUAAACUUGCACCGCUCUUUUCAGGCGGUCGGAGUCCAGCUGUGGGUCGGGUACGCGCUUCUCCUCUUCCCCACCGCCGCCAUCUUCCUCACCUUCUUCUGCCAGUGGCGGAACGGCACCACGAUCGCCAUGUUCGCCGUCACGCUGAUGACCACGCACGGCGCGCUGGACUACGCGACAAUGCUGUGGUUCAUCACGCCCUAUCGGCGGAUCGUGGCGGGCUGGCUGCGCGUGGGCCGCGCGAAACAGCUGAGCAAUCCGAGCGUGUUCGGCGUCACCACCAUUACGAUUGUGCAGUCGCAGUACAGGCACAGUUUCAGCACCAGGGCGACUUUUCGCAACCUCACGCGAUGA